AAACAAUCGUCUUAUUCACUAAACUCAUCUUCUUCCUCUCUCUCUCAAACAAAAUCUCAAACAAUGGUAUUCGAAUCCUUCGAAGUCGCCACCGUCCCUUUCAACUCCGACGGCUGGGGUCCACCAGACGCAUCCUCCACCUCCUCCACAAGCGUCGCAGCAGCGAAUCUCCUCCCAAACGUCCCCUUAGCCUCCUUCUCCCGCUCCGAGAAGCUAGGCCGCGUCGCCGACUGGACUCGCACCCUCUCCAACCCCUCCGCCCGUCCCCACACCGGAUCCAAACCCGAUCCCUCCUCAAUCUUCGACUUCUCCGCCUUCGCAGUCGACGAAGGCUUCAACCUCGCGAACUCCUCCGCCGCCGACGAAGACUCCGGAACGUUCCGAUUAGUCGACGGAAAACCCCCGCCUCGUCCCAGAUUCGGACCUAAAUGGAGAUUCAACAACUUCCACAACCGCAACCAGCUCCCCCAGCGCCGCGACGAAGAAGUCGAGGCGAAGAAACGAGAGGCCGAGAAGGACCGCGCUCGUCGCGAUCGUCUCUACAAUAACAACCGUAACAACCUCCACCACAACCACCACACGCGCCGCGAAAACGCCGCGUUUAAAUCGUCGGUGGAUAUUCAACCGGAAUGGAAUAUGCUCGAGCAGAUUCCUUUCUCGGCCUUCUCGAAACUCUCGUUCACCGUUCAGGAGCCCGAGGAUCUUCUCCUAUGCGGUGGACUCGAGUCUUACGAUCGUAGCUACGAUCGCAUCACUCCUAAAGCCGAGCGGAGAUUAGAACGUUUCAAGAACCGUGGAUUUAAAGUAACUACCAGCGACGAUGACGUCAUCAGGCGGUUAGCUAAGGAAGAUAAGGCGACGGUUUUCGCAACUGACGCAAUCUUGGCUGCUCUCAUGUGUGCUCCGAGGUCUGUUUACUCAUGGGAUCUCGUGAUACAGCGCGUGGGGAAUAAGCUGUUUUUCGAUAAAAGAGAUGGUUCUCCUCUUGAUUUGUUAUCGGUCCACGAGACGUCUCAGGAGCCUUUACCUGAAGGGAAGGAGGAUAUAAACUCAGCACAUUCACUAGGCCUCGAGGCGGCUUUUAUUAACCAGAAUUUCGCGCAGCAGGUUUUGGUUAAGAACGGGAAGAGGGAGGUUUUCGACGAGCCGAUUCCGAAUGUGAAUGAAGGUGAAGAGAAUGCUUCUGUUGCUUAUAGGUAUAGGAGGUGGAAGUUGGAUGAUAGUAUGUAUCUGGUAGCUAGGUGUGAGUUACAGAGUACUGUUGAGAUGAAUAGCCAGAAGAGUUUCUUGACUUUGAACGCGCUUAACGAGUUUGAUCCGAAGUAUUCCGGUGUUGAUUGGAGGCAGAAGCUGGAGACUCAGAGAGGUGCGGUUUUGGCUAAUGAGUUGAAGAAUAAUGGGAAUAAGUUGGCUAAGUGGACGGCGCAGGCGCUUUUGGGUAAUGCGGAUAUGAUGAAGAUUGGGUUUGUUUCUAGGGUUCAUCCUCGUGAUCAUUUUAACCAUGUGAUACUGUCGGUUUUGGGGUAUAAGCCGAAGGAUUUCGCAGGGCAGAUUAAUUUGAAUACUGCUAAUAUGUGGGGUAUUGUGAAGUCGAUUGUUGAUUUGUGUAUGAAGCUGAGUGAAGGGAAGUAUGUUUUGGUGAAGGAUCCGGUGAAGCCGCAGGUUAGGAUUUAUGAGGUUCCGGCUGAUGCUUUUGAGAAUGAUUAUGUUGAGGAGCCUCUCCCUGAGGAUGAGCAGGUUCAGCCACCUGAGGAGAACAGCACUGAAGGAGAGACUAAUGGAGCUGCAGAGGAGAAGAAACCUGAAGAUCAAGCCUGAUUUUGGUAAAUGUUAAGAGAUGUUUUGAGUUUUUUUACCUUUUUAAAGCUCUACAAAUAUGCUCUUUUUGAAGAGCUAAAACGGUUAAUUUUGCUGGUUUAUGCUUUGUCUUAGAGAAAACGUUAUUUCAUUAUGUAAGAAGAUUGUUGGACCUUGCGUCUUGUUUGAAUUUUGAUCUAAGACUGUUAAUUUUGAUGGUUUGAA